UAACCCCUCAAAAAAUAUCUCUACAAAAUACAAAGGCUAUUACUAACGUGGGUGCAUCUAAUAACCGGAGCAAUAAAUGAUAGCCGUCCGAUCUAAUGACUAAGUUGUUUUAGAGGAUUACGUGGAUUUCAUCGAAGAUAACGAGACAAGAAAACGUACACCAGCAGCCACGGGUGAUAAAUCGUAACCACAAUAUCUUAUCCCCUGUAGAUCCUACCAUGUGGUGUCUAUUUCUAGUUGAAUAAGAAAGUGAAAGAAAAAAAAACGACGUCGGAUUCAUACAGGCUGGCAGUUUUCACACGCCACAAAAUCCUAUUGUGAAGAAAAUCAAGUACUAAAGUGUGUGAGAGAGAGAGAGAGAGAAAAGAAGAAGAAGAAGAUUAAUUAGGCGAGGAAGAUACAUGGGUAUAGUUUCGGAAGCUCACAACGUCAAGGUUUUAGGUAAUAUUGCCAAUGGUCAACAAAUCAUAGUCCUCGGCCAUGGAUUCGGUACGGACCAAUCAGUAUGGAAGCACCUCGUUCCUCACCUCGUCGAUGAGAACAAAGUGGUCUUGUACGACAACAUGGGAGCUGGAACGACAAACCCCGAUUAUUUCGAUUUCGAAAGAUACGCUACUCUCGAGGGUUACGCUUAUGACCUUAUUUCUAUAAUAGAAGAGAUCCAAAUCCAGUCUUGCAUCUUCGUCGGCCACUCCGUCUCAGGAAUGAUCGCCCUUAUCGCCUCCAUUACUCGCCCAGACCUUUUCUCCAAAAUCCUCAUGAUCGCCUCCUCUCCAAGGUAUUUGAAUGAUGUGGAUUACUAUGGAGGGUUCGAGCAGGAAGAUUUAGACCAACUUUUUGAAGCGAUGAGGGGAAACUACAAAGCGUGGUGUUCUGGGUUCGCACCAUUGGCGGUUGGUGGGGAUAUGGACUUGGUUGCGGUUCAAGAGUUUAGUCGGACCCUUUUCAAUAUGAGGCCCGAUAUAGCGUUGAGCGUGGGCCAGACUAUAUUCCAAAGCGACUUGAGGCAGAUUCUGGGCUUGGUCACUGUUCCAUGUCACAUAAUCCAAAGUAUGAAGGACCUGGCUGUUCCUGUAGUUGUGUCUGAGUACCUACACCAAAACCUGGGGUCCGACUCCAUCGUCGAGGUCAUGUCAACAGAAGGUCACUUGCCCCAGCUCAGCUCCCCAGACAUAGUCAUCCCCGUCUUGCUUCGGCAUAUUCGUUGUGACAUAGCUGUUUGAACCACAAUAACCAUCAUCAUUAAUUACCAAGAUAACAAAUACGCCGUAUCUUAAUUAGUUAUUAUCGGAUUAAUUGGAUUCGUUGAAAAUUUGCAAGGGGAUGACUCCAACUAUAAGUCGAUGGAAAAUUAAGUGUACUUCUGUUCUCGGAUUGAUUAGUACGUACGACGUCGUUUUUAACUCUCUUGUUUUUUGGUCGAUGCAUGUACAACUGUAAAGUCUGUAUUAUUUAAUUGCGUAACAAUAUUUGAUCCGCUUGGUGGCUACUGGUACUUGUUUGACUAUUGUCACAAAGGUCAUAUGUCAAGCGUAAAUGUAAUGUUGACUAUUGAGAGACUUCGUGGGUCAUAUAUCUCGGCCACUAGUUGUCUCUAGAAAGUAGAAAUCGAAUUUCAAUAUUUAUAAUAA